AUGAUAGGAACACCAUUUUUGGAGACUACCUCACCGCAAAAGAUUGUACAUCUGAAUGCGUUGACCAUCCUGGCAUCGGCGUGGCUUUCAUUCUUGUCUGGCAUAUUCAACCUGUUGCUUAUCAUUGAAUCCAACAAAUGGAUUGCCAGCAGGUUCGACGAGUUGAAAGAAGAAAACAAGAAUCUACAGAUUGCUUCAACGAGCAUCCUGUUCUUUCUGUCUGUACCUGUCAUCACGUCUGCAUAUAAAACCGCCAAAAUCAUUGGAUGGCAAGUCUACAAAAAGAUUGGCAGUAGUAUCCAGCUCCAACACAUGUAUCACACUGUGCAAUGGUUUGCUUUAUGGCUCAAGAUUGACAUUUACUUUGAAGUUGUUCUGCUCAUCUGCACAGCCAUCGUCACCAAACGUCUGGUAUUCCAGAUUAUCUGUAUUGUUAUGGUGCUGCUUGUAUCUUUAUCACUGAUAUUCUCUAGAAUUGCCAUUACAAAAGAGAGCAAUUGGAUGAUGUUUGUGUUUCUGUUUUUGCAAAUGGUCCUGCUGGCCUGCAAUACGUACAGUCUCAUUGGGUUGUUUGAGUACUCGACGGUUGAUCUCUGGUUUACCGGUAUCGUUUACGAAUUUGCGUCCAUCAUAUGCAUCAUUACUACUAUAUACCUAGCUAUCAAAUGUCAGAUCAACUUUGGUAAAGGCCUUAAACCCUAUGUAUUCUGGAUCCCAUUUCAAGGCACAAAGAGAUUCAUUGAAGAGCCACCGCAUCAUGCAAUUGAAGCCGGUCUCCUCGGUAUAAAGCGCAACGAAGAUCGCAUGCCCAUAGACGAUGAAGACGACGACUGCUAUUACAAUGACUCUUCAAUCACAGAAACCAAGAAAAUGUACAUGAUGAAUCACAAUGACAUGCCCCGUAGAUCAUUAGAAAGGGUGGAUCAUGUCCCAUUCAAUAUCAAAAUGGAACGAUAUGCUGGAAAUACAAAAUUAGACUCCAUCAAGCUUCCAGCAAGCAGCACCAUACAGCCAGUCAGAGUAGCCAUGAAGCCAAUACUGAAAGAUACAAACACAAACAUCACAACAGCCGUCAUCAUCACCUCAAUCAACAGCAGCAAACAGCCGUGGCGAAGUGAAUUUACAUCACCAACACCUGAUACUGGAUCUGUAUCAUCUUCUACUGUCAUAGAGUCUGGUACAGCAACCACAGCAAAUAGCAGUAAUAAUAGCAUCAUUGAGCCUACGGUAUUAGGAAGAGUCAUGCAGCCUAUUGCCAAUUCAAUAGUACCUGAGGGCUUACCUAUGACAGCCACUGCAACUACGAUGACAGCCUCUUCGACCUUGCGCCCUUGA